AUGCUGGAGCAGCUUCAACUGCGAUGGAGCGGCGACUUAGUGCAGAUGGAAGAGCAACAACUGCCCAAACGGUUGUCCUACUCUGGUGUCAUUGUGGGUGCUCGCUGCAGAGGAAGACAAAAGAAUCACUACAAUGACAUCCUGAAGAACCGAUGUGGCCGGUCAAAUUGCUGCCGCCAAGGCCAAAAUGACAGCUCACAAGUCAUGAACUCACCGGAGUAA